CGUUGCGAAUGGCAGUUGAACACGAAUUUUAAAACGAAGAAAGCUUUUUCGAAGGGUGUUUUCGUACGCUGGAAUUAAUGUUUCGCCUAAUCCAAUAAAGAUCAAAAGCAGUAGCUAUGUGGAUGUUAGAUGCCAAAGCGUUUUUGAGCCAGUCAACAGAGCUACAAUGCUACACACCGAAUCCCUGCCCACCGCUGGCCACCAGGGCAUCUAUGCGCCACUAAGUCAGGCAAUGAGCGAUUCCGAAUCCGACGAGGAGAUCGAGAUCCAUAACGCCGCCAAUCAUCGCCAGAAAUUGCAGCAUAAACUUCAGCUAGCCCAUCCAAAUCCGCAGGAGCAGCUACAGGCCCAAAGGAUACGCAUUCCACCGAACACACUAGCCUUGAAGUCACCACAUACACGAGCCCCACCCACCGCCACCAGGAUUGUGACACGCAAUCCGGCCGCGAAUCCCCAGAAAUUCCAACUGGAGGGCAGCAGCUACGCCACAAACAUGCAGAAUACCUUUCGUUCCGUCAUGCUGAGCGACAAUGGCGGAGUGGGCUCGGAGUUGUCGCAGUUCAACAGCGAGUUCGACUCGAAUGCUGAUAAUGUGGCCAUUUUGGGUGGCAAUCAGGCUGGCGAGGAUUCCGCCAAACGGACACCCAUGUCGCCGGCCAGGAAGUGCUGUUUCAUAGGCAGCCUAGUGCUGUGCUUCCUGGCCGUCGUAUCCUUUGUGUGGCUAGUGCCCUGCGGCAAUCCCGACGGCACAGGAUCCUGUCCAGCCGUUGUGGAUCGCAUCAAGACCCACAACUGGUUUAACAACUACACAAAGGCGGAGCUGAAAGGGGGAGUCAAUGUGGUCGGCGGUCUGAGGGCCUGGGAGAACAACCUGAUUUUCAUGUACCGCGGCGAUGCCUUCUUUCCGGAAACCCGACCUGGCAACGAGCGGCGCAAUGGCAUCAUCUGCUUGAUUGGCUCCUCGGGAGCAGUGGCCUGGUUUGUGGAGAUGGUGGAUGAGCCCGUGGCCCUGGACUGCACCCUCGUCGAUGUGGACGGCAAUGGGAAAUCAGAUUGCUUGGUACUUGAUGAAUACGGCGAGCUGGGAGCCAUUAAUCCCGUUUCAGGAGAAUGGCUCUGGUGGUUCAAGGAGCGCUCAGCCCGCAAAGUGGAUGCCUAUGACUUCCCCGUCAUCCUGCCUGACCUGGACGCAGAUGGAGUCCUGGACAUGCUGCUCGUGACCAGUUUGUCCCUGGAGGAGCGCACCAAAUCGUUGGCCCAACUGAAACACGAUUCCCACGGACAGCUAGAAGCACGCAAUGUGCUGCGCUUGCUCUCAGGCAGGAAUGGGGCACCCAUUGGCGAUGGCUUCCCCAUCCACGACUGCGACAGCUUGAACAACGUUAAGCUGGAGGCGGGCAAUGUAAGCUUCUCCUGCCAGCGGGUCAAUGGCACGGAGCAGCAGCGUUCCAAGAGCCUGGCGGAGCUCUAUGCCCUGAUCACCAACAAAUCCGUUGUGGGCCAGAGGCUGGCCAGCUCGAAGAUCUCCCAGCAUAGAAAUCACGGUCAGCGGCGGGAGCUAGAUGCCCAGAGGAACAUCUAUUCCUUGAGCGGACGCGAACUGGUGGUGGAGAAUCGUGGACGCUGUCCGGAGGAUUGCAAUGUAACCUUUGUCCUAAGCGAAGUCCGCGAUGGCAAGCCACAUGUGGUGGAGAAUUUCAUCAAGAGCGGGAUGUACGGCAUGGUCCCCACCCAGUGGCACUUCAAGAACACCAAAAAACAGAUGUCCGGCUUCGUGAUGAAGUUCUGGAAAUGGCAUGGCCUGGUUAAGCCCUCAAAACAGACCUCCGCCAGCAGCAAUAGCAACAAUGUCCAGAAAAGUGGCAGCAACAAUCACACCAAGAACAUGAAUGCGAUCAAGGAUAAGGAGAAGGCUCAGGCCAAGAAACAGCAGCAGCAGCAACGGUUGAGGAAGAAGAGGAGCUUGACCAAGACGGAGGACUACCCGUUCCCAUCACACCAGGAGGAGUUCGAUAUAUUUGAGCACCUAAAGCAGAAGAGGGAAACAUUUGGAGUGCCCUCUAAAAACCAGACCAAAUCCAGUGCUAUCUCCUCCGGCGGCAGCUACAAAAUGAACAUGAUCACGGAGAGCGUGCUUCUUGUGCUGUUUGUGGGCGCAGAUACUCACAUCGAGAACACCUCGCAGAGCAACAUCAUUCAGUUCUGCCGCCACGACCGCAAGGAGAUGGUGUGCCAGCCGGAUCUCAACAACCAGGACCACUCGAUGCUCAUUGCCGAUCUGGACCAAGAUGGAUCUCAGGAGCUGGUCACCUACAUGUCCACCUUCGUGCAUCCCGAGGAUCAGCCGUUCAGCGAAUGGAAGUUGCUGACCUACGUGCGAUUGUUGCGUCUCCAGGCGGAGCUGCCCGCCUACUACGAGAAGGACGAGAGCCACAACUAGGCGGGCAUUCCACGAUCCGCAUCAGGAUCCGGAGUAGGGUUAUAGUGCAUUUAGCCAGCCGGAAGAGCGCUGUCGAACACGAGUAGCAGUUUAACUAGUUGCAUGCAUUACAUUGUACAUUAUUAAAACCUUUUCUAGACUCCCAUAAAUCAGUAAAUAAAUCUUUAAUGAAAUUA